CGGGCGUGAGAGGGCGGGACCUUGCGGGCCGUCGGCUCUUAAAGGGACCGAGGCUCCGGAGGCGGCAACGCUAGAGGCAGCGUGGGACCCGCAGUCCCUAUCAGGUGCGAUGGCAGAGAAGGUUCUGGUAACAGGCGGGGCUGGCUACAUUGGCAGCCACACGGUGUUGGAGCUGCUGGAGGCCGGCUAUUCGCCUGUGGUCAUCGACAACUUCCAUAAUGCCAUCCGUGGAGGGGGUUCCAUGCCUGAGAGCCUGCAGCGAGUUCAGGAGCUGACAGGCCGCUCUUUGGAGUUUGAGGAGAUGGACAUCUUGGACCAGGCAGCCCUGGAACGUCUCUUCAAGAAGCACAGCUUUACGGCAGUCAUCCACUUUGCGGGACUCAAGGCUGUGGGCGAGUCAGUGCAGAAGCCUCUGGACUAUUACAGAGUUAACCUGACAGGAACCAUCCAGCUCCUGGAGAUCAUGAGAGCCCACAGAGUGAAGAGCCUGGUAUUCAGCAGCUCAGCCACUGUGUAUGGGAACCCCCAGUAUCUGCCCCUGGAUGAGGCCCACCCCACGGGGGGCUGUACCAACCCCUACGGCAAAUCCAAGUUCUUCAUCGAGGAAAUGAUCCGGGACCUGUGCCAGGCGGACAAGACCUGGAACGCGGUGCUGCUGCGCUACUUCAACCCCACAGGCGCUCACGCCUCGGGCCGCAUUGGUGAGGAUCCUCAGGGCAUCCCCAACAACCUCAUGCCCUAUGUCUCUCAGGUGGCGAUUGGGCGACGGGAGGCCCUGAAUGUCUUUGGCAAUGACUAUGACACAGAGGAUGGCACAGGCGUCCGGGAUUACAUCCACGUGGUGGAUCUGGCCAAGGGCCACAUCGCGGCCCUGAGGAAACUGAAAGAGCAGUGUGGCUGCCGGAUCUACAACCUGGGAACAGGCACAGGCUAUUCGGUGCUGCAGAUGGUCCACGCCAUGGAGAAGGCCUCCGGGAGGAAGGUGAGGAUCUAUGGCGCUGGCAGAAGCAGAAUCCCUCAGGCUUCAGCACGCAGGUCUGACACCCUCUCCUACCACAAACCAGAAAACAGAAACAACUGCCUGCUCGCCAGCAUCUGGCAAGAACGCAGGGGCCUCGGCGCCUGCCCUACCUCAAACCCCAGCAGGCCUGUUCAGCCCACAGGCAUGAGGCCUCGGGCUCCACGGAUCAGGAGGCAGGGGUCUCUGACUCUUCGCCUCUGCAGGGUCUGGGAACACAGGGCCCAUCAAGAUCACCAAGAAGCGAGUGGGGGAGGUGGCACCCUGAGACGACAACACCCUGCUCCCAGGCACUAAUUUAAACUGUUACGAAGGCACUCUCCAAAAUAUUUAAAAUAAAAGGUUUUCUUACGCUGGA